GUCUCGUGGGACUGUUCUGCUAGUCGGACAGGUAAAGCCGGCAUUAUGUACUUCUGUUGUCAUAGCGCGAGGCAGGCAAAGAGAGGUGGGGUUUACUUCACCUGACUGACACGGAGAAACAGCUCGUAGAAAGAAAACCAAAAGUCUGACCGAGUGGAAGAAAUCUACAUUUUACUUGCCGUGAAGCCUUGGACUUUAAAUCAGGUUGGACUUUGAAGCAACGUCCACCUCGCCAACCUCCGCCUUCAGGCAAGGACUCUCCAGUCCAUUGACAGCCCGCUCUGUGCAGGUGUGCUGGGCUUCGGGGAGCGGCAGAACGCUGUGGCUUCAGAGAUCAUGUCUGAUGGAGAGGUGCUGCCCCCAACAGUACCAUUUACAAGGGGCUGUAAAGCCAGAUCAAGUCUACCAGUGGGUCGAUCAAGUUGCCAGACCAGAGAGAGGCCACCUGGCAUAUUAUAUCUGCAAUAUGGGGAUGAGACAAAAAAAAUCAGGAUGCCAGUAGAGAUCAGCAGUCAGGAUGCUCUGGAGGCUCUGUUUGUCACCGCAUUCCCUCAUCAGCUUACCGUGAAGAUGCUGCAGUCUCCCAAUAUGGCCAUCUACAUAAAACACACCAACCGCAACGUCUACUACGACCUGGAGGACAUCAGAAACAUCACAUCCCACUCCUGUCUGAAGGUUUAUCAUAGAGACCCAGCAUAUGUGUUCAACCGCCAUGCCAGGCCAGCCAACACAGAGGGCAGGAUCUCCAAAGAGGUGCUGUCCAGCAGUCACAGUCCGGUCCACACCCUGAACCUGCAGGGCAUCAUGUCCCCACCCACGGCCCGCUCCGUGCCCUCGUCUCCCAGCAGGGUGGCGUACGUUGGUGGGAGUUCAGGGAUGGUGGAUUUAGGCAGCGCCACAUUACCACGGGAACGCCUGUGGCGGGUGGGCCGUUCCAGCUCCUUCUGCACCAGCAGUAGUACUAUACUGGAGAGGAGAGACGUGAAGCCUGAUGACAUGGCUCUGGUGAUGUGUGGUGAAGGAGGACCACAUUACCCAGGCUCCUACAGCUCCUCGCUAAAGGACAGAGGAGGAGGUUGCCGGAGCAUGGCUUCCUCUCGGUAUAGCUCUCCUCCGUCUUUCACUGCAGACAUGGUGAACGCUGGGGCCACAGGGAUCCCAGGGGGGCUGCAGCAAUACCGGGCCUCCAUUAAACCCCUGAUGGGCUAUGGAGAACUCCUGGAGCAGCAGACCCCCUUCCUCCACAGGCAGAAUAGCAGAACAUAUGAAGAUAGCCAACGUCCUCCACUUGGAACCAAAAUACCACCCACUUCCCCUCACAGAGUCAAUGAAGUCAGGAUGACUGAGGGACAGAUUGUUGGGAACCUGGCGUCUUCUGAGAGGAUGUCCCCUAUUCGCCGGUCCCUGCGGCGGGACACUAAUGGGGCCACAGUGGAGAUCUUAAACAGAGGCAGAGGAAGUGGCUCUUCAUCCUCUACCUCAUCUGUCUUUCUGGACAGUCCAAUGGGACAACCUGAGAGACUUGAAGGCCAUGUAACUGCCCAGAGUGAGAGGAUGAAAGCCAUAGAAGAGCAGAUAGCCAGUCUAGCAAGUCUGGUGCACAAUGCUCUGUCUAUCGGACCAGAUGUUCCAGGAGUCAAGAAUAAUAUCAGUGACAUAACUGAAUGCAUGCUCUCCGACAACAGAGCCGGAGUAUCAGCUGAACCUCGGGUCCCAGCUGCUGUGAUUGAGAGCUCCCGCCCCGCCCCUCUGAUGUUCCAGGCUCCUCCCUCUGACAACGGGCUGCAGCAGAGCUUGGUGUUAGCGAAGAGAAAUGUGUUGGAUCUGCGGUUACAACUCAACCACAUCAGACACAUACAGCAGUCCCACCAAGCGAGCGUGACUUCUAUGCUGCGGAUGGCAGGUCAGGAGCUGGUGGUGCAGAUGUACAAUCGGUUGGCUCAGUCUGAGGAGGCAGUGUACAGACGGAGAGCUGAGAUGGAGGAGGAGAGGAUCCACUACCUGGCUACAGAGAAGACAAUACUCACACAGCUCCGUGGACUGGAGGACUAUGUGGUAGGUUUGCAGCGCAGCUCCACCUCAAGUACCCACCGGCCAUCCCUCAGUCUGAGAGACGUGGAGGAGGGAGCAGUGAACCUGCGUAGGGUUGGAGAAGCUCUGGCCGUUCUGCAGGGUGAGUUACCAGAGCUGCAGGUGAAGAUGCGCUCAGUGUUGAGGCUGGAGAUGAAAGCAGUGGCUUUCCUGAAAGAGGAGCCUCAUAAGAUGGACUCCAUGCUGAAGAGGGUCAAAGCACUUAGUGAACACCUCGGUUGUCUACACAGAUGUGUGUCAGAUCAGGAGGCUCUUAAGACUCCGAGCCCCCAGAGCUGCCCCAAGCCCCAGCCUCUAUCCGUGGUCAGACCAACUCUUCCCACGCCCUCUCUCUCCAGGAGUCAUCCUGGCCUGGCCUCCACCAUAGCCGGUGGAAUGAACAUAGGCGCCCCAGUGAUCGACCCUUACCAGCACCCCAGCCCCCCACUGACAUCCACUCACGGACCAGACUCACUCACUGUGGCCAAGGUGACCACAGAACUGACACAUAAGAAUAGUUUGCAAGGUAAAAAUCAGCAAGAAGAAGAAGUGAGGACAUCUCCAACAUCCCAGAUGGCCAAUAGGAAGCCAUCUGAGUUAGCAGCAUCAGGCUACCGGUCUGAUGAUCAGGAUAUUCCAACAACAACCCAAAAGAAAGCAGAGAAAACGCCACCAUAUACAGCUCCAACUGUCCAAAAGGGAAAUGAUUUUUAUGUGAAAAUUUCUGAUCAGAUUAACAAUGAGGUUGUUGGACAGAUGAGCUCCCCAACCUUAGCAGAAAAGAAAGUCAAGUUUACAACAAUUGUUACUCUACAAAAAGAAAAUAUUCAAGCUUCUGACAAUGCAGGUUCUGACCGGACAAAUGAAAAAGAUAAAGAGGUACCAGCCGAGAAGAAGUCAAAUGUGAUGGUAGUAUUAACUUUACAGAAAGAAAAGUCAGAAGACAGUUUGAAAGAGUUCCAGCAGGAUGAAUCCCUGAGCUCAGAUCAGGGUCUAGGUCAUUCUCCUGUCCUAAAAACUUCACCCAGCUUGACUUACAGCAGCAAGCAGAAGAACCAGGGGCCAACUCUGCAGAUAUUCAAGGAACAAUCACAAUACACCGAAGAAGGAAGUAGCCUGAGCCCCAAUAUUUGGGACGAUGGAGGACCUCCACUACCUACAAUUGGUCAAAUCAACCCUAGAAUCUCCGAGACUGUGACUCCACGAAUGAGGACACAGUCCAGAGAGAAAAACGCAGCUGAAAUGAGUGACGCUGACCUACAGGCCGUAGCUGGGAACAACAGUAUUGGUGAACCCACUUCUCAGGGACAUGACAACCAAGGAUUCCAGGACAGUGAUGACUCUGGUAAGAAACCUAUUAUUAUAAUCUUAAAUGAGCCCAGGGACACUCAGUCCGCCUACAAGCGCCUGUCUACAAUCUUGGAAUGUGAGGGAGAUCUUGAUGGGAUUCUCAAUCCAGAAGAUCUUAUGGACAAAGAGAAGACAAAGCAUGAAAAAAAGAAACCGAACGUAAGAGAAAAUUGCAUCAGUGAAAUAAAUACAGACUUUGACCGUGACAACAUCAAAGGGAAUGUUCAGGAAUCUCAAUAUAUGCACAAUCAAAGACGUUCAGCAGAUAAUGUCUCAAUUCCCAAAAACCAACACCAUGAACUAGAUUCCCUUAGACAGCAAGAGACCAAAAGAAAAUUCAGAUUUAAAUUCCCCCAAAACAAACUUGCUGUAAUUAGCCAAGCCAUUCGUACAGGAAUGACCAAAAGAGGAAAGAAAACUCUCGAGGUUGCUGUCUAUGAGGAAGAGGAGGAAAAUGCAUCAGACAGUGGGUCAGUGAAGGAGACCAAGAAGCCAACAAAAGAGUGCCAAAGGUUUGAGACCAACAGUACCAAACAAUUCAACUUAUGUGAAGACAAUACUAUGGUCUCCGCUAUAAUUGAUACCAGACACUCUAAGUCACAGAGCCGGGUAGAGGAGAUCUGCAGUACUUUUGACUCUUUUGACAAUCUUGAAGAGUCAAUUAACCAGUUGGAAAUCGGGGGGGACAAUGUGUCUAGCCCCCGUUCUCCCUCCAGCAUUGUGUCCUCACCUCUUCAGUACCCUGAUUCCCACUUUGACUCCAGUGACAGAGCACUGCAUGAAGGCAAAGUGAAACGAGAGAGGGAAAAAAGCCUGUCCAAGAGGCCAGCGUCUCAGAUCCUUAAGGGCCCAAAUCCACCUCAGAGUAAGAAGGCCAAGCCACAACCGUCACAUGACUUGGGGAAAACCUCCACAAAGAAACAUACCUCCGGCAGCAGCUCCAGCUCCUCUGCCCAGCGAUCCCACACCAAAUCUCGCCACUCUUCUUCCUCUUGCUCACCAGAGAAGAUGCCUAAGGGCCACAAGCAGCCCCCCCAGAAGCAGCCCAGCCUGGUAAAUGACCUCUGACAGACCUGAACGGAGCAGCUAGGAGUCACCAUAGACUGAAGGGGAAUUACAGUAAUUCAUAUAGCAGGUUAGACAACCAUUUACUUUUUAACUCAAACAAACACCUGUCUCAGAAAAUAUGUUUCAAAGUUCAAUAAUUGCACAACAAAAAUCUGAUAUUGUGACAGCCCAACGGUGUGGACCUUUUUACUGUGGUCUCUGAAUAAAGAAACACUUUUUCAAUGUUUAUUUUUCAAACCCAAAGGCACAGUUUAUUAGACAUUCACUUCUAUGCAAAUAGUUCUUUUUUUCCCGUUUUUUUCCAGAAUCUGAACCCGUGCAUCACUUUAACACUUUUUAUGUCAGUUUGAAAUAAUUGUUUUGUGAGCAGUUGGUUGACAGUAUUGAGACAACAGCUGCUCCUGCUGUUUUUCUUUUUUCAAAGUGCACUGCUAAGUUAUGCCAGCAGAGGACAGUAGAGACACAUAGUGUCCUCACACCUGUAUUUUAUUUUAUAUAUAGCUGCACAUCCUUUUUCUAGAAAUCACAAAAACUCAUAUGUAGGCUCGUUAUAAUAAUAGAAGUGAUUGUAACAAAGAAAUAUCUGCAAAGUACGUUUUAAACUAUUGAAAAUAUAAGAUUGUAAUGAAAGUUAGUAUGCUUUCUGCGUGUCGUUUCUGUGAUGGUGACUAUAAUGAGAAAAAACGUGUGGUUUUUAAUGUGCUUUUAAAGAUUUAAUGCAAUAUAUAAAUUUCAGUUUUAAAAAGUUGAUCAGAGCAUCAUGAUGUGUUGCUAAAUACGAUUAAGAUUUGCAGUGUAAACAUAGAAAAAACUGUCACUUCAAAACUGAAUUCAUGGCAAAUAAGUUAUUUUACCCAAAAUGUAAUGAAUGAAUCAUGUUGAUAACCUUAAAACUGUAAGGACAUUUGGACCUUUAUUCUGUACAAAUGGCAUGUAUUAAACCCUUACCAUCCUGAUAGAG